AGUGCUGCUGGUCUUGAUAGAUGAGGUUUUCCCCUCAGUCUGACAACAGUCUCAGCUGGAACAGCUGGUCAAACGGACGUGAUCUCUCUUCACCCGGGGAACGUGAACUCUAAGCUACAGCCAUGGCUCGUUUGGACCAGGUCAUCACAAACAUUGUGGAUAUAUUUCUGGAAUAUGCUGAUGAUGAAGGCAAGAAACGGCAGUUAAACAAAGAGGAGCUGAAGAAGGUGUUGGAGCAAGAAAUACAAAGUCCUGAGUUAAAAGAGAAGAUCAAUGCAGGUGACAUUGAGGAAGCCAUGGAGAUGCUGGACAAAAACCACGAUGGCGAGGUUAACUUCCGAGAGUUUUGUCGGUGUGUGUGUGACCUGGCAAAAUGCUACUACCACAAGAAGACCGGCAAGGGUUGCAAGAAAGGCAAGGGGAAAGAACAAGAAGGUGAACAAGAAGACUGAAGAAAAAAUCCUUAAAAUGUUUGUAUCAUCAUAGUAUAUUUAAAAAUAUUUCCUACAUAUGACAUUUACAGUGUAUGUUAUAUGUGACACAUCUGACCUUGAAAACAGAUGUUGCUUUAUUAGGCUGUUUUGCACAUCCAUCAUUCACAUAAAGCUUAUUUUUUCUGUUUUAAAAGUGCAUUCAAGAUGUGAUAUUUGCUGCCUUAGAACCUCUGUCAACAGGUUUUCGAAGAACUUUCCAUUAAUAUUUUGCUGAACAUAAAUAAAAGCAAUGAAGUUUG